AGCUAUUUUGGGCCAAAGAAACCCUUACAUAGUACUCGUAAUUUCUAUUAGUCAUUUUUCAUCUUGAGCUUCAAUUGAAUGUGUUUUCCGAACUAAGUACUCGCCUAUUGCUACUGUUCUACAUUUACAUUACAUAUAGACAUACUACUACCAGUCUAACUUUGCUCUUCUCUCCUCACUGCCCUAACUUUCCAAUCUUGAUAUAUUUCUCCUCAAAUCCCAUUUCUUCUGUUAAUUUAUCAGCAAUGCCGGCCCCUGAUAUCUUAGGUGACCGCCAAUCUGGCCAAGACGUCCGCACCCAGAACGUGGUUGCAUGUCAAGCAAUCGCCAAUAUAGUUAAAUCCUCCUUGGGUCCUGUCGGUCUCGACAAGAUGCUGGUGGAUGAUAUUGGAGAUGUCACUAUCACAAAUGAUGGUGCUACUAUUCUUAAGAUGCUUGAAGUUGAGCAUGCUGCUGCUAAGGUGCUUGUGGAGUUGGCUGAACUUCAAGAUAAAGAGGUUGGAGAUGGAACAACUUCUGUCGUUAUUUUUGCUGCCGAGUUACUUAAGAAAGCGAAUGAAUUGGUGAGGAAUAAGAUUCACGCAACAUCUAUAAUAAGUGGAUUUAGGCUUGCUAUGAGGGAAGCAUGCAAAUAUGUGAAUGAGAAACUUUCCGUUAAGGUUGAAAAGCUUGGCAAAGAUUCGCUUGUGAAUUGUGCGAAGACAUGCAUGUCAUCAAAGUUGUUAGCAGCGGAUAGUGACUUCUUUGCAAGCCUGGUAGUAGAUGCGGUUCAGUCUGUAAAAAUGACAAAUGCUCGUGGUGAAGUCAAGUACCCUAUCAAGAGCAUCAAUAUUCUUAAAGCUCACGGAAAAAGUUCUAAGGAAAGCUAUUUGUUGAGAGGAUAUGCUCUUAACACCGGCCGUGCUGCUCAAGGGAUGCCCACUCGUGUUGCUCCAGCAAAGAUUGCUUGUCUCGACUUCAACCUCCAGAAAACAAAAAUGCAAUUAGGUGUUCAAGUUUUAGUCAAUGAUCCUAGAGAACUUGAGAAAAUUCGUCAAAGAGAAGCGGACAUGACCAAAGAGCGUAUUGAAAAGCUAUUAAAAGCCGGAGCAAAUGUUAUUUUGACCACUAAAGGCAUUGAUGAUAUGGCACUCAAGUACUUUGUUGAGGCUGGUGCCAUUGCUGUUAGACGUGUUCGGAAAGAGGAUAUGCGCCAUGUAGCCAAGGCCACUGGUGCAACAAUGGUUUCUACUUUUGCUGAUAUGGAAGGUGAGGAAACUUUUGAUUCAUCAUUUCUUGGACAAGCAGAAGAAGUUGUAGAAGAGCGUGUUGCAGAUGAUGAUGUUAUUAUGAUCAAAGGAACAAAAACAACUAGUGCGGUUUCUUUGGUCCUCAGAGGUGCAAAUGACUACAUGCUUGAUGAGAUGGAAAGAGCUUUGCAUGAUGCUUUGUGCAUUGUAAAGAGAACUCUGGAGUCUAAUACAGUAGUAGCAGGUGGUGGGGCGGUUGAGGCUGCAUUGUCUGUGUACUUGGAGUACCUGGCUACAACAUUAGGAUCCAGGGAGCAAUUGGCAAUUGCAGAAUUUGCUGAAGCCUUGCUUAUCAUACCUAAGGUUCUUGCUGUAAAUGCUGCGAAGGAUGCAACUGAGCUUGUUGCUAAGCUGCGAGCUUACCAUCAUGCUGCACAGACCAAGGCUGACAAGCAGCAUUUGUCAAGCAUGGGAUUAGAUUUGUACAAGGGCACUGUUCGUAACAAUCUGGAAGCUGGAGUCAUUGAGCCAGCAAUGAGCAAAGUGAAGAUAAUUCAGUUUGCAACGGAGGCUGCGAUUACAAUUCUUAGAAUAGAUGACAUGAUCAAGCUUGUCAAGGACGAAAGCCAAAAUGAUGAAUAGAGAUUUUGUUAGAUGAAAACAUGUAGCAGAGUGAAUGCUCGGUCAUUUACAGUUUUGGACAUUACUUCAUUUCCUAGUGGCAAGCUUUCAUUGUUAUAGAUGAUUUGUAAACGGGUUUUAGCUGCCUAGAUUUUGUGCAUGUUGAGAUAGAAAAUUGAUCAUGUAAUGUAAUUUAUUGUUUCAUUAGCUGUUCUCGUUACGACAGUAAAAUGGUCAGCGUUUUAUGUCGUCAUGACUGAUGAGAACGAACUAAAAUUGGAUAUGCUUGAACCGUUGCCUUUUUGGUCCAGUUCAUGAUCCGAAUUUUUAGUUGGCUUCCUUA